AUGUAUUAACAAGUAGAAGAAAAUUUUAAUGAUAAUAAAAUUUACGAAGAAUAAAUCUGCUAUUAUUGUUAGUCAAGUACUUUUCAACAAAAUGAAAUUAGAAGUCAAAAUGUUUGCUAAAGCGAUGAUCAGAUUUAUUUCAAAGAUAAUUUAUUGUAAUCAUAAAGUUCUUAGUAAGAUAUUAAAUCUUAACAAGGCAAGACUAAUUUUUAUUUUACAAAUAUUCAAACACACCAAAAUUAAUUAUAAUAAGAGGAGUGUGUAUCUCCAAUAUUAAUAAAUAGCUAAUCUUAAAAGUAUAAAUAACAAAAUUAAUUCAAAAACAUAAUUAAUGCAUUUAAAGGGUAUGUUAAGAAACUAAAAAAAUGCGAGUUUAUAUCUGUAUCUCACCAGCAGUUCAUUAACUUAAAAAAGCAAUUGUUUAGAUACAUGAAACUGAAUUCUUUUUAUUACUCUAUACUAAAAUAUAUCAUCAACCAUAAAUUUUUUAAAUAGAUGUUAAUCCAUUUUUUCCAAAGUGAGAGCGAAACUUGGAUCAAUUCAAGUAAACUAUAAGACAAAGAUGACGCUUUUAACAAAAUAGAAUAAUUAAAAUAAUGUGUUUAGAACCCUGAUUUGCUUUAAAUGUAUUUAGGAUAAUAAAAUAUCAAAAUUAAAAAAUAAAAUAUUUGA